AUGAAACGUCCGUUCAGCCCAUCAGCUCUGCCCAGCACCGAGCUGGACAGGAGGGGGUUCGGCGCCGCGCUGGGAGCUCAGAUGGACGUGGAGCCUUGCUGCGAAACCCAGGAUGAUGGCGCGGUACCAGACGAGCAGUCACAAGGGGGCGUCGUGCCCUCUGCACUCUACAGACCCAAAAGGGAGAGGAAGCAGCGGAGCUACACAUUGUGUGAGGUCUGCAACAUCCAACUCAACUCAGCCGCUCAGGCCCAGAUUCACUACAACGGCAAAUCCCACCAGAAGAGACUCAAGCAGAUCAGCAAUGGCAAGAUGCCAAGCAACACAGGUACAUCCGCCCAGGGCAGCCCCCUCCUGGCUUCCCUCCCCGUCCCGGGACGGCCCCUGCAGCCUCAGCUCGACCUCAAACAGCUCCUGCCCUUCAGGCUCAAUGGAUCCUCCCCCCUCAGCCUCUUCCCCAACUUUAACACGAUGGACCCUGUCCAGAAGGCAGUGAUCAACCACACAUUUGGUGUCCCCCAGCCCCUCAAGAAGAAACAGAUUAUCUCCUGCAACAUUUGCCACCUGCGCUUUAACUCAACGAACCAAGCAGAAGCCCACUAUAAGGGCCACAAGCACGCCCGGAAACUCAAAGCCAUGGAGGCCCAGAAGAACAGGCAGCGGAGAGCGGGGGAGGCCUCAUCCACGGGGAGGGAGAGGGACCGAGACAGAGAGCGGGAACGGGAACGGGAGCGGGACAGGAGCAAGACAUCGACGUCUGAGGCGGCUCUUCCCGCGCUCAUGGAUACGAGCUUAGUGGAGGGAACAAGUCUUCAAACUGAUUUAGAACCAGCCAACCUGGAGGCGAAGCUCGAGGAGAGUCCCAGGAGCUCAGUUAUGCUGACGCCAGUAUCAGAGGUUUCCUCUGUCGAGUUGGUCACCCUCUCCCCCCCUCAGAUUUCGCCUUCCUCACAGCUCUCUGAAACUGCCUCAGACACCAGCGCCCCCGAAGCCCCAGAGGCCGCCGAGGCCGCCGAGGCCGCGGGCCUGAAUACUGAGUCAGGCAGCCAUGCAGACACGUCCAGCACAAAUGGAGAGCCACAUACAGAUGAGGACAAGGAGCCCAAGAAGAGCAAGGCUCACCUCCAUUGUCCUGUUUGUAAAGUGACAGUGAACUCAGUCUCCCAACUGGAAGCACAUAACAGCGGUACAAAGCACAAACUGAUGCUGGAAGGUCACAGUGUUCUGCCACGACGCAGAGGGAAAGUGGUGGCAGCUCGUGCUGGGUGCAAGAGCAAGCGGCUGGGCAGCAAAGGCAGCGUCGGGGUUCCCAGCAAGAACUUCCAGUGUGAAGUGUGUGAGAUCUUUGUGAACUCUGAGACCCAGCUGAGCCAGCACAUGAAUAGCAGAAGGCACAAGGACAGGCUGGCCGGAAAACCACCCAAACCCAAAUUUACCCCCCACAGCAAGAGCCAGCCAAGCUCCAGCUUAGCGUGCGUGAGAUGGAGUGGCUAUGCAGGCGUGGCUGUGUCUGCCAUGAAGAAAGCGUUCAGCCAGUACAACCUCACCUCCCUCUCCUCGCAGACCAAACUGGCCUUGCAGAAGCAGCUGACCAAGAGCUUGACAACUGGCUUCCUGCCCAGCCCCCUCACCCCGCCAACUCUGUGCACAGUGGCGACUAACCCGCUGGCCCUGCGCCACCCAGUGGGCACCACCACCUUCAUCCAGACCCCCUUCCUGGGCCCUGCACUGUUUCGGCCUGCCCCGGGGCCACUGAGGGCCACACACACACCCAUCAUCUUCUCCCCCUACUAAAGACUUAACCCACUUCCCAUUUGAGCUCCUCCCCUGUCCCCUUACCAAACCCCAGGCCCAACUUUAGGUGUGACCCACAUGACAGAGGCCACACGCAAACUAUGCAGCCCGCCUGACUUACGAUGGAACCAGUGCACAAGUCCUGACGCUCAGACGGCCACGAGGCCUGAGAGCUGUUCCUAUCACAAAGGCCAAGAUCCCCUAUCAUGCCUUCUUUCUGCUCCUCUUAUCAUGACCUACGGAGCAGGACAGGCCUCCAGACAGUGACUGGUGCACA